AUGCCCAAAGUCACACACACGCACGCACGCUUGCUCGCACGCACGCAGGCCCACGCUCAGGCCCACUCCAAGGACACGUCAAUUCUUCCACCACCUUCCGAGUCGACCACCAUUCAAGCAUUCAUCGACCGUACAAAGCAACCUGACAUUCCGACUUCACCUUUAACUCUGUCUCCACUCCGAGGUCGUGACGCCAAGAUGUCGGAGGCUCAAGACUACACCAACGAUGCGAUCGAGCACGUCGAACUAGACCAGGACUCGGAGCAGGACCAUGGAGAGGACGAGAUCCCCAGUGACGAGCUCGAAUUCGCUGCUGAAGAAGAGCACGCCGCCGACGACGGCGCCGUCUCCGUCGACAAUGCUCAGCCUGAGAGCGAUCGGACCUCGUCGGAGAAGGAGGGCGGCGACCCCGCCGUCGACGAAGACGUCGCGCCCGGAAGCGACCGCGGCUCGUCGGAGAAGGAAGCCGAGGAUCCGACGGCAGAUGAUCCUGUUGACGAGCUCUCAGCCGAUCUGGCGGAUUCCACCAGCGACUCCAAGCUCUCGGCUCCAUCUACGCCAUCCGCAGCAGCUGUGCGUACAGCCAAGGUGGCUGCUACGCCGGCUUCUGUCCGCAAGCUCGUCGGAGCCGCCGCUGCCAGCUCAACAACAGCAGCCCGCAGGGUCGUUGCUGGCGCACGACCUUCAGUGACAGGUGCUGCUGCUACGAGAGCCGGUCAGACUACUGCUGCAGGUGUGAGCCGUCCCGGCGUUGCAGCGCGACCCAGUGUUGCGGGACGACCGAGCGUUACGGGCAGUAGCACCACGGCUGCUCGACCCACCGCCACGGCUACCUCCAGGCCCGCAGUGGGCACUGCUUCCACGGCUGUACGUUCGGGCGUCGCUGCCCGGCCUAGCCUUGCAGCCGGCGCUCGUCCAACCGCCGCUGUGAGGCCGUCCGCUGCCGGUACCGCCUCCAGAAGUGCUGUCGGCGCCGCUAGGCCAACCACCACUACUGCUUCCACUGCGACCGCGACUGGUACAAGGACCACGGCGGGUGCCGUAAGGCCGUCCGCUGCUGCGACCUCCACAGCGGCGGGUGCGGCUGCGCGACGCGUUUCCGCCGUGCCGCCCUCCCCCGCUCGCUCCACUGCAGGUGCAAGCACAGCCACCGCCGCCCGACGUCCUCCCGUCUCAUCUACUGCUGGCACCACGGUUGCGGCGAAGCGUCUCUCUGCAGCACCAUCGAGCGCUUCUUCGGGAACGGCAGCCCCCGCCGCCGGUGCGGCGGCUCGACGGGCCUCCAUCACAAGCAACUCCACCAGCACCACCGCUGCCCGUCCGGCAUCCGCAGCACGACCAAGCUUGGCCUCUGCCGCGCGGCCCACGGCUACGUCCACCGCUGCUGCGGGGGCUGUCCGCCGAAGUAUCGCGCCGGCCGGGGCUACUUCUACCUCUGCAGUCAAGGACCUGCAGGAGAAAGUCACAAAGCUCGAGGCGGAGCUGGCCGAGCAGAGCGAGCAGCUGAACCAAAUGAAGUCCGAUCUCGAGUCCAAGGACGAGGAGCUGCAGGCCAAGACUGUGAGUCUGUCUGCAGCCGAGGCCAAGCUUGCUGGCUCGGACGAAGCGUCCACCGAAGCCCUCUCCUCGCAAGCCCGGGUCCAGGAGCUGGAAGAGCAGGUAAAGACGCUCGAGGCAAAGCUCAGCUCUUCAGCGGACGAGCAGGCGGAACAUGGCGCGGACCACAAAGCGACCCUCGCUGAGAAAGAUGCGCUCGUCACGGCUGCAGAAAACAAGGUUCAGGAGCUCGAGGCCGAGCUCGAGAAAGCGCGCUCGGCACUCGAAGAAGCCUCUGCGUCGAAGGACGAAAACGCCAAGCAGGCUCAAGAGAGUCAGGCAGCGGCUUUGGCAGAGCUUCAGAGGCAGCUGGACGAGAGCAUCAAGCAGGGCGAACACCAUCAACAACGCGCACAGCAGGCUCAGGACGACGCGGAUGCCGCUAAAAAGUCCGUGGCUUCCAUGGAAGAACGCCUCAAGCAGCUGACACUCGACCACGACCAAGAGGUGGACCACGCAACCAAGGAGGCCGACAGCAAGCUGUCCGAGCACCGCGAAGCCAACGAAGCGCUUCAGAAGUCGGCCACUGUCGCCGCCGAGGCGGCAAGCAAGCGAGAGGCCGAACUGCUCUCACACACGGAGAAGCUCCAGCAAGAGCUCGAUGCAGCAAACUCUAAAUUGGCAGAAGCACAAGACCAGGCACGUGAAGCGGGCACGGCGGGUGAGCAGGAUGCCUCCGCUCUUGCUGCCAAGGAUGCGGAGCUCGCUACCUUGCGAGAGCAGCACGAGACGCUGCAAGCGAAGCUUGAAGAGCUUGUCGAACUUCAAUCGCGCAACCAGGAGCUGCAGGAGCAAGUCGCGAAGCUCGACGAACUGCAAGAGCAGAACCAGAGUCUCCAGGCCAAGAUCGAGAAGAACGCUUCUGCCUUUGAGACCCGUCUCUCCGAAGCCGUCGCCUCUGCGGAAGCUGCGGCUCUCGAGAAGGCCCAGAAAGCCCAUCAAGAAGAGCGAGGCGCGCUGGAGUCGGAGCAGGGCGAGUCCUUGAAAGCGGCCGUCGAGCAAGCUCGGGCGGAAGCCGAGCAGAAGGCUGCCGCUGUUCUGGAAGAUGCUGUCAGCAGCGCCCGUCGAGAAAUGUCGGAUGCGAACGCAAAGUCGCUCGAACGCGCGCUCAAGGAGGCCGAAGCGAAGCACGCUGAGCAGAAGGCAACCGAGAUCGAGGCUGCGAGGCGAGAAGCCGAGGAGAAGCUUCGAGCAGAACUCCAGCAAGGUCACGAGUCCUCUCUGGAGAAGGCAGUGGCCGAACACUCCUCGCGCCAUGACGAGGAGCUUUCGGUCUUGACGGCUGCGCACGAAACGGCUCUAGCCAAGGCGCGUGACGAGCAUCAGUCGGAGCUUGCCGCGCGUAGCGAGGAGGCCGAUGAGCGUGUCAAAGCGCUGCAGCAGAACUUGGACAAGAUCCAAGCCGAGCUGGCCAGCCAGGAGGCGGUGUAUGCCGCGAAGGUCGCUCAGGUCCAAGCCGAGCACGACCAAAAGGUGAUGGACGCCUUCGAGAAGGCGCGUGCGGAGGCGGGCGACAACCACUCGACGGAUCUGCAGACGCUCAAAGAGCAGUCGUCGAAGACCAUCGAGCAGAUGCGCAAAUCGCACGCUGACGAGCUGGACGCCCUUCGGGCCGCGCAUGCCGCCGCUGUCUCAGAGGCGGAUGAGCGUGGCGCCGGCGAGCUCAAGCGCGUGCAGAUGGAGCUUGAUGCGUCGCAGAACGAUUUCAAGAAGCUCAAGGAGAUCGUGGCGCAGAUGCAGACCGAGAAGGAGGCCAAGGAGUCGCGCAUCCGAUCGCUCGAGGCUGAGCUUGCCUCGGCUGCCGACGAAGCCAAGCGCUCCGCCUCGGACUCGGCGGCGGCUAGCUCGUCGGAGGCCGCUUCGCUGCGGAAGCAGCUGGAGCAGCUGGAGCAGGAGCUUUCGGAGGUUCGAAACGCGCACAACCAGUCGCAGACGGCAUUCGUGGAGCAGUUUGAUGCCAUCUCGACGCAGCACGAGGCUGACAAGGAGGCGCUCCUGCAAAAGCACGUCGACGAGAUCGGCGCUCUGACGCGCAAGCACGAAGAGUCGCUCGUGCCCCUCCGCGAGAAGGGCCUGCAGGAUCUCGGGAAGCUCAUGGACCUGCAAGACCAGCUCAACGAGGCAGGACGUGAGCGCGAUGCUGCCAAGAAGGAGCUGGCGCUCCUGGCGUCCAAGGCGGCAGCAACCGAGCCCACCACGGCCGCGAGUCUGCUGGACAGCCAGGGCAAGGAGAACCAGGAGAUGAGCGAACUGGAGCGCCUGCAUGCCGCGCACACCGAGAAGAUGGCGCUGCUGUCCAACCAGCACCACGAGCAGCUCGAGAAGCUGCUGGCCGACCGCCGUUCCGAGCGCGACGAGCUCGAGGCCGUGCGACGCGAUCUGCAGAACGCCAAGAUGGAAGUGCAGUUCCUCACCCAAAGCCAGGAAGACGCCGACAAGCUCAAGCACGAGGUGGAGCAGCUCGAGGAGCGGCUGCGCCAGGCGACGUCUGUGGGCGCUUCCGCCUGA